AUGAUGAAGAAGCUGAAGGAGCAAGCGCCGCCUGGGGCCCACGCUAAGAACACACCACCUGAGUGUGCGACGCCAGCAUCAGAUCCACCCACGGUUCUGAGCGACAAGGCAGACGACACCAAGUCGGGAGAAGCUGACACCGCCCUGAAGGCUGCAGAAUCUGUCGUGGGCACGGCGAGCAAGCAGACCCAGAAGGCGACAGAUCAGGAAGGAAAUGUUGUCCUCACCCCAAAGAAGCGACUCUCUGAACACCGCGAUCUUGAAAACCUGACGCCAGUCAAGAAGCUGUGCAAAGAUGACAAACAGACACCCAUGAAGGGCCGGAAAGGUCCAGACCCGAGCGAGCUCAAGAACAGAGAUGGUUUCGGCCAGAAAGGCUCGUGCGUUAUCUGGUUGGAUUGGAAACAAAACAUUUCGUUGCCAAUCCAGCAUACGGAGACCGGGGAUUCGUUCUGGGCUCAGGCGAGAGCAGAGUGUUCUGUCUUGGGAAUGAUUGUCUAUACUGCUGCAGAGAAGGGAAAGGAGCCAAGAAAGAGGUGCUUCGUCUAUGUGUCAGACAUCAUAGACCACACUUGCUUAGCUGCGUCGAUACAGUUGGAUUUGGCACGAACAGACGAGUUGGCCAACUUCAAGGGGAUAUCCAACAUCGCCGUUUGGGCGGACUGCGGUCCGCACUACAGGUGCAUCGACUUCCUGGGUCACCUAGCGCAGUCGUGGGUGAUGCCUCGCAGGAGCAAUCGCAUCAACUUGUCGGUGAACUACCAUGCCGAGAAACACGGCAAGGGCGAUGUAGAUGCCUUGUUCGCUGUGGUGAAUUCUUGGGUCGAAAGGGCAAAGAGGGAGCCGAACUGCAACAUCAAGACUGUGGAAGCCCUGGUUACGCACCUGCAGCUCGACAGCCGCCACCUAUACAACCGAAGACCCAAAACCUCAAACGUUCUCAUAGGGCGGGUUUGGAGAGACCCUCGCGGGAGUUGUUAG